AUGGCAAAAAAAAGUUUGAUUCAGAGGGAAAAGAAGCGGCAGAAAUUAGAACAAAAAUAUCAUUUGAUUCGCCAAUCUUUAAAAAAAAAGAUAAGAAGCAAAGUUUCCCCCUUGAGUUUGAGUGAAAAAACGAAAAUGCGAGAAAAAUUGCAAUCCCUACCACGUAAUAGUGCACCUACACGCCUUCAUCGACGUUGUUUUUUGACUGGAAGACCUAGAGCUAACUAUCGAGAUUUUGGGCUAUCCGGGCACGUACUUCGAGAAAUGGUUUAUGAAUGUUUGUUACCGGGUGCAACAAGAUCCAGUUGGUAA